GGGCAAACUCAGAGCGCCGGCGGUCGGAGCCCGCGAGGGUCACUGACGACGCAUGCGCUGGCAGGGAGCGCAAUCACAGACUAGGUUUGCGGCUACCGGCUUAAAAAGGAAACCCCCGAGAGUGAGAGCGCGAAGGAAAUCUGGCCGCCGACGCGUGCGCGCUCUUGUGAAAGGAAAGCACAAGAAGAAAGUUUUACAGUCAUUGUUGAUAUGACUAUUAUGCUGGUCCCCCAGAUCAAAAAAAAGAAUUCUGAGACUGAUGGUCAGCCAUAUAGAAGAAUACAUUGAACCUAUAGUUUUCUGAAGAAGCAAUUUAAAAGAUCCAAAAAACACAAAAGGAGAAGUACAAAUGUCUACCACAAGACGAAAACGUAAUAUGUUAUGUUGUUUACCGUAAGCUGUAGUAAAAUGAGCUCGAUUGUCGACAGAGAAGAUGGUAGUAUAUUUGAUGGGUUGGUGGAAGAAGAUGACAAGGACAAAGCAAAAAGAGUAUCUAGAAACAAAUCUGAAAAGAAACGUAGAGAUCAAUUUAAUGUUCUCAUUAAAGAACUGGGAUCCAUGCUUCCUGGUAAUGCUAGGAAGAUGGACAAAUCUACUGUUCUGCAGAAGAGCAUUGAUUUUUUACGAAAACAUAAAGAAAUCACUGCACAGUCAGAUGCCAGUGAAAUUCGACAGGACUGGAAACCUACAUUCCUUAGUAAUGAAGAAUUUACACAAUUAAUGUUAGAGGCUCUUGAUGGUUUUUUUUUAGCAAUCAUGACAGAUGGAAGCAUAAUAUAUGUGUCUGAGAGUAUAACUUCAUUACUUGAACAUUUACCAUCUGAUCUUGUGGAUCAAAGUAUAUUUAAUUUUAUCCCAGAAGGGGAACAUUCAGAGGUUUAUAAAAUACUCUCUACUCAUCUGCUGGAAAGUGAUUCAUUAACCCCUGAAUAUUUAAAAUCAAAAAAUCAGUUAGAAUUCUGUUGUCAUAUGCUUCGAGGAACAAUAGACCCAAAGGAGCCAUCUACCUAUGAAUAUGUGAAAUUUAUAGGAAAUUUCAAAUCUUUAAACAGUGUAUCGACUUCAGCACACAAUGGUUUUGAAGGAACUAUACAACGCACACACAGGCCUUCUUAUGAUGAUAGAGUUUGUUUUGUAGCCACUGUCAGAUUAGCUACACCUCAGUUCAUCAAGGAAAUGUGCACUGUUGAAGAACCUAAUGAAGAGUUUACAUCCAGACAUAGUUUAGAAUGGAAGUUCCUAUUUCUAGAUCACAGGGCACCACCUAUAAUAGGAUAUUUGCCAUUUGAAGUUCUGGGAACAUCAGGCUAUGAUUACUAUCAUGUGGAUGACCUAGAAAACUUGGCAAAAUGCCAUGAGCACUUAAUGCAGUACGGGAAAGGCAAAUCAUGUUAUUAUAGAUUCCUCACCAAGGGACAGCAGUGGAUUUGGCUUCAGACUCAUUAUUAUAUCACUUAUCAUCAGUGGAAUUCUAGGCCAGAAUUUAUUGUUUGUACUCACACCGUAGUAAGUUAUGCAGAAGUUAGGGCUGAAAGACGACGAGAACUUGGCAUUGAAGAGUCUCUUCCUGAGACAGCUGCUGACAAAAGCCAAGAUUCUGGGUCUGAUAAUCGUAUAAACACAGUCAGUCUCAAAGAAGCCUUGGAAAGGUUUGAUCACAGCCCAACUCCUUCUGCUUCCUCCCGGAGUUCAAGAAAAUCAUCUCACACAGCAGUCUCAGACCCUUCCUCAACACCAACAAAGAUCCCAACAGAUACUAGCACUCCUCCCAGACCGCAUUUACCAGCUCAUGAAAAGAUGGCACCAAGGAGGUCAUCAUUUAGUAGUCAGUCCAUAAAUUCCCAGUCUGUUGGUCAGUCAUUAACACAACCAGUGAUGUCUCAAGCUGCAAAUUUACCAAUUCCACAAGGCAUGUCCCAGUUUCAGUUUUCAGCUCAGUUAGGAGCCAUGCAGCAUCUAAAAGACCAAUUAGAGCAACGGACACGGAUGAUAGAGGCAAACAUUCAUCGGCAACAAGAAGAACUAAGAAAAAUUCAAGAACAACUUCAAAUGGUCCAUGGUCAAGGGCUGCAGAUGUUUUUACAGCAGUCAACCCCUGGUUUGAAUUUUGGUUCUGUUCAACUUUCUUCUGGAAAUUCAUCUAACAUCCAGCAACUUGCACCUAUAAGUAUGCAGGGCCAGGUCGUUCAAACCAACCAAAUUCAGAGUGGAAUGAAUACUGGACACAUUGGUACAACUCAGCAUAUGAUACAACAGCAGACUUUACAAAGUACAUCAAGUCAGCAGAGUCAACAAAAUGUACUGAGUGGGCACAGUCAACAAACCUCGCUUCCUAGUCAGACACAGAGCACACUCACCACUCCGCUGUAUAACACUAUGGUGAUCUCACAGCCGACAGCCGGAAGCAUGGUCCAGAUUCCAUCUAGCAUGCCACAGAACAGUACCCAGAGCACUGCUGUAACUACAUUCACUCAGGACAGACAGAUCAGAUUUUCUCAAGGUCAGCAGCUUGUGACCAAAUUAGUAACUGCUCCUGUAGCUUGUGGGGCGGUCAUGGUACCCAGCACAAUGCUCAUGGGGCAGGUGGUGACUGCCUACCCUACGUUUGCUACCCAGCAACAGCAGCCACAGGCACUGCCAGCCACACAGCAGCAGAACUCCCAGGAACAGCCGCUUGCUUCAGUUCAGCAACCUUCUCAGGCUCCGCUGACCCAACCACCACAGCAGUUUUUACAGACUUCAAGGUUGCUCCACGGGAAUCCUUCGACUCAGCUUAUCCUCUCUGCUGCAUUUCCACUACAACAGAGCACUUUCCCUCAGUCACAUCACCAGCAGCACCAGUCUCAGCAACAGCAGCAACUGAAUCGGCACAGGACUGAUAGUUUGACCGAUCCUUCCAAGGUUCAACCACAGUAGCACACAUCCCUCCUCUCUGAUCUCAGGAGGAAGGGGUUGUCCUUAAGAGUUGCUCAGAUGAUCUGAGACUAGGAGGAGAAGGUCCAGCAGUUUCACAAGAUGCAGUAUUGAGUGUUCUAGUUUCUGGACUUAGUUAGCAGAGAAAGUGCUGCCUAGUGCUACAGAUGUACAUUAAAUACCAGCCAGCAGGAGAUGAUCAUGGGGCCAUAGCCAAUUCUGACAGUGUUUUACUCGCCCAGCUAUUUUUCAAAUGGAAAGAUAGAUUGCCAAAUGUUAAGCUCAGCUAUGAAACAUGACCUCCGGUCAACCAGAAAGGCACUAACAAUGUUAGUAACUUUUAGUGGUUCUGUGCCUGUUUUCAAGUGUUACAGAGGACACGCCACUGUCAUGUCAGGGGUUUGCGUACAACGAUGCCAUGAAGACAGUCCGGUAGACCCAGUAGACCCCUUCCCCAUCCCCUCUCCCUUUUCAGAUAAUGAUUGAAUAGUAAUUUCAGAAUGUCGUGUGGUUCAAAUGCUCUAUGUACAGAUACUGUAAAAAUAUUAUGUAUAUGGAUAAAAGGAGAGAAAGCAAAACAUUUUGUAAGCUGCAUGAAAGCAUUAUCUCCUCUUAGGUAUGAGUAUAUUUCCUUAGAUUCUGACGCCAUGUGCAAACUAGUACAUCCUCUGUUUCCCCUCUUGUUUACAACACGGUAGUGUUCUCACUUUUCCGGGGCACAAGGCUUUUUGUUCAUACUUUGGCUGUGAUGUCACAGUUUGUUCAGUGAGGUAUGAUGUGCUGCUGGGAAUGGAUAUUUUUUUCCAGGUUAAAUUAUUGAGACAACAGGAUUUUCAAGUUACUCAGAAAUAUCCUUUAUUUCAUUAUUUUUCAUUUAUGUUUGAAAAUAGGAUUUGCACUGCUUUAUUUUAGAUGGUUGGAAGUUUUGGUCACAUAUUUUGAUAUAUAGUUCAUAGUUGGAAAUAGUUGUGUAAACGGUUUUCAAUAAGCCUGGAAGUAAUUUCAAGAAUGUUUCAGUUAUAGGAGUAAAAUUUGCACACAAAAGAUUUUAGGCACUUUUUAACAUUCUCACUGGUGGGAAUUUUAACUUUUAGGAUUUGUUGGAAUCUUUUUAUUAUCCUUCACAAUUUCAAUGCUUCUUUUAGUCAGAAAUGAUUCAGGGUUAUUUGAGGGGAAAAAAAAAACCCAUAGUGCCUUGAUUUUGAUUCAGGUGAUAACUCACCAUCUUGAAUUCAUUGUCUGGUUUCAGUAGCAGUUUUGAAACCUUAGUACAUUUUUAACAGCAUGUGGGUGUCAGUGCCAUUAUGAUUCUCCUAAGUUUCCACGAAGACUGCUUUGAGUCUCUUGGACUGGAGGUACAAGUAACUUAGAAAUAAAUACAAGGUGACAUCCUGACACUAUCAGAGUCAUUGAUGUGAUCACAAAAUUGUUUCCUAAAUCAGCAUCUUCCUUUAAAGCUGAACAGUUAAGAAUUACCUGUCAAUGUUUUCUAUAUAUGAUCUUGAUAUUCCUACAAAGAAAAAAGAAGGGGUAAGAAUUGGCUUUGCCUUUACUAUAACACUAGAAUAUUGUAACUCACAUGCUUUCUAAACGUGAACUAAGAUUUCAUUUGGCAAUAUUAGAUUCUAAAGGUAAUAAAUUCCAACAGAAAUUACAUACAUAAAAAGAUCAUCUUAGAGCUUUUAUGGUACUAAUAAUUAAAUUGACAACCACAGAGCAAAGGAAAAUUAAUGGAAAUACCUUAUUAAAAUAU